AUGGCGGUGACGAUGCUGCGGGACUGGUGCAGGUGGAUGGGCCCAGAAGACUGUGAUGAAGCCCAUCUCCAUGAGUCCCUGGAGGCCGCCCUGUGGCCAAUGGGCCCCUUUACCGUGCUGGGCAGAGUAUUUCGAGAGGAGGAUAAUGCCACCGCGGCCCUGGUGUAGCUUGACAGGGAAGUCGACUAUGCUUUGGCCCCCAGGGAAAUCCCGGGCACCGGGGGUCCCUGGAAUGUGGUCUUUGUGCCCCGUUGCUCAGGAGAGGAGUUUCUCGGUGGUGUGUUCCACUUCCUGGAGCAACAGGGGCAGACGAUGGAGAGUGUGGCCGGCGCUCUGGGAUUGGGGCUGUGCAGGGUGUGCUGGCUCCGAUCCAUCAGUCAGGCGGUCCAGCCUUGGGUGGAGACCCUGGGGUACCAGAGCCUGGGCGUGUUUUCCUGGAGGGACCAGCCAGCCCCCGGGGAGGAGUCCUUUGAGGCCUGGCUAGACCACACCACUGACAUGCUGCAUGUGUGGCAUGGGGUUUCAGAAAGGUAGAGGAGGAGGAGGUUGAUGGAAGGCCUUCAAGGGAUGGCCCUGCAGCUCGUGCACUGACUCCUGGCGGAGAACCCUGCCAGGACUGCACAGGACUGCCUGGAGGCUUUGAUCCAGGUGUUUGGAGACAAUGAGUCCCAGGCAACCAUCCGGGUGAAGUGUUUGACCACUCAACAGCAGUCAGGCGAGCGUCUCUCCACUUUUGUGUUGCGGCUGGAAGUCCUGCUGCAGAAAGCCAUCAAGAAAGGGGCCCUGACCAGAGCCUCAGCUGACCAUGUGCGCCUGAGGCAGGUGCUCACUGGGGCCAACCUCACUGAGCCACUGGAUGAAGCACUGAGGAAGCUGAGAAUGGUUGGGAGGUCUCCAAGUUUCCUGGAGAUUCUGGGGCCCGUUCAAGAGUCUGAGGCAUGGGAGGCCAGUCUAGCCAGGAGCGAGAGACCCCAGACAGAGGAGGGGGCUGGUGCCCGGGCCAAUGCCAAGGCUGAUGCCAGAGCCAGGGCUAAGGCAGAGGACGACAACAUGGAGGAGCAGGAGCAGGAGGAGGUGGGCAUCGAUGACUAUGACCACACCCCUGUGGGCCUAGGUCAGGCAGGACCCUCAGAGGCCCCUGAGGGCCCCACCUCUCCCUGGAUGGGCAUUGUUUCCCCUCCGGGCAGAGGAGGUCCUGGCCGGGAGCCCGAGGAGGGGUUCAAGCCCAACCCAGAGGACCCGGGAAACGAGGAUGAGGCUGAGGAGAGGAGCACCACUGAGUCCUCCUCCGGCCAAUAG